AUGGCAACCAGUUUUAAUGUUGUGUGGAUUGGUCCGAAAUUAGAUGGAAACUUGGAUUACAAUUAUUGGCAGAUAAUGAUGUCUACGCAUCUGAAGGCCCAAAGCCUAUGGGUGUUUGUUGAGCCGGGACUUGCAGAUGGAGCAGACGCAAAUACUCAACGACAGGAUCAACUUGCCCUAGGUCAGAUCCACCAAGGUGUUGAUUACUCUGUUUUUGGGCAAAUAGCAAGUGCGAAGACUGCAAAGGAAGCGUGGGACAUCUUGAGGAUGUCAUACAAAGGAGUCGAUCGAGCCCAAAAAUCUAAAUUACAGUCAUUGAGAAGAUUGUACGAUCAAUACGAGAUGACAUCUACAGAGACGGUGGAGCAAUAUUUUUUUCGUCUCACUAAUCUUGUCAACAAAAUGCGGUUAUAUAGAGACAAAAUUGAAGAUGGUCCUGUGGUUGAGAAAGUUCUUCGAACCAUGCCGAUGAAGUAUGAUCAUGUGGUGGCUUCUAUAACUGAGUCCCAUGAUACCGAACUAUUAUCGGUUGAGGAGUUGAAAGGUAUGAUUGAGAGCCACAUUGAUCGGAUUGCCGCAAAGACAGAAGUACCAAUUGAAGAAGCCCUGAAAAGCCAAAUUACUUUGAACUCAAAUGCAUUUCCGAAUGAGGAAGAACCGAGCAGAGGCCGUGGAAGAGGAAGAGGAAGGGGAAAUUUUAGAGGACGGGGACGUGGGAAUCACAUAUCACAGAGCAGAGAUAGAUGUAACAACCAAGAUAAAUUUCCCUUUCAUUGUUAUAAUUGUGGCAAGUAUGGACAUAGAAUUGCAGAUUGUUGGCAGAAGAAUUCUAACAACCAAGCACAUCUCGCUGAGAACUCUGAUGAAUGUGGUAAUGAAGCUGAAACUUUACUUUUAACCAGUGACAUGGUUUCCGUCCCAUAA